AUGGUACCUCCGUCACCAAAGCGGCCACGACUGUUGCCCAGAGAUUCGUUCGAGAUCCCGCAUUAUCCCCAAGCAGUCUUUUCUCGGCCCGAGACACCGAUGGGAGAGUCAGCACGAGACAGCGUCUGGCCAACUCCAGAUCCAGAAAGUCCACAACCCGCAGAAUUGGAGGCCAGUCAGCCAAGUCCGCAGGCACAGGCGAUUGUGGGACCGACGUCGAGGCCAGAUUCUGUCACCACUCAGAGCGCCUAUGAUAUCUUCACCGACGAGCAAUGCGAAAAAAUCUUAUGGCUCGCCCUCCAUGGAGUGCCGAGUCCGAUUGUUGCACGAGUGGUUUAUCGUGACAUACCUAAACCGAAGUAUGAUAGAAGGUGGCAACAUGUCGUUGACAUUGACAAAAAGCUGCAGCGCUUAAUCGUCGAGCUUGCGACGGGCCGAGACAAAACACAGGCAGCCGAUGAGCUGGUUGAGCACCUCCUACAACAGGGAGAUCGCCUCAACUGGAGUCCCUACCUACUCCAACAAGCGGCUGGUUUCAUGAACACUCCCGGAGACGAGGCCACCCAAACUCAAGUGUCCCGAAACUGUGCAACGGAGCGCAUCGCACUGUCGAAAUGGAGGAGUGCUCAUGGCGACGAAAAUGCGGUCCCACCUUCCACUGGCAAAAGCAAAAAGGAAAACCUGGCAUUCAGAGGCUACAUCAGAGAGGGGAUGGAACGAGAAGUGAUGGAGCAGCUUGGUUACCGUGGGGACUCUCAUGAAGCAGAGAGAGCCUUGAUGAAGAAACGGUUGCUUGAGAUCCGCGAACUUGGCAAACUGCCUGCUCGUUUGAUGGAGGUUGGAAUUGCAGCACUCACCCCCUGA